AUGUCCCUCAUAGAGAUCGAAUCUGAGGAUCAGUUCACGCAACUCACAAAAGAUGACCCUACAAAGUUGAUCGCCCUUUACUUCCACACGCCUUGGGCUGCUCCCUGCCAGACGAUGAACUCAGUGGUCAAGACUUUGGCCCAGGCAAACUCCAACGUGAGAUUUCUUUCCAUCAACGCCGACGACCACUCCGAAAUCUCUGAGUUGUUUGAAGUCUCGGCCGUUCCUUACAUAAUAUUGAUUCGUAACGCCACGAUUUUGCAGGAGUUGAGUGGCGCCGACCCUAAAGAAUUCAUCGCUGCGUUGAAGCAGUUUUCUGGCGACACAGCUCCAUCUUCCACAGCCGCUGAAGCCAGCCAGGCUGCUGCUGCUCCUGCUGAAACCAAGGAGCCUACUGCAGAAGAACUUGACGAAAGGCUAAAGAAACUCACGGCGGCAGCCCCAGUGAUGCUUUUCAUGAAGGGAUCUCCAUCCUCACCCCAGUGUGGCUUCUCGCGCCAGAUGGUGGCCAUUUUGAGAGAGCACCAGGUGAGAUUCGGAUUUUUUGACAUUUUGAAGGACGACUCGGUCAGACAGGGCCUCAAGACAUUCUCCGACUGGCCCACUUUCCCACAGCUAUACGUCAAUGGAGAGUUCCAGGGCGGCUUGGACAUCAUCAAAGAGUCGCUUGAGGAGGACCCAGAUUUCUUCCAAACUGCAUUGUCCGCAUAG